GCUGCGUGCGCGUUCACGUCUCAGGUCUGGGGGAUGUUGGUGCCGUCUCCGCGCUCCCGCCGCCGGACUGAAAACUAUUUUGUCUCUUAAAGAGAAUCGACAAAAAAAAAAGCGAAAUGUACAGAUGAGCAUCUAUCUGUAAGUCAAGCUCGGACAAUCAGCCAAACCUUGAUUGGACUCCUUUCUUCUUGACGAGUCGGACGCUUAGGGUUGGCCAUGGAGACGGUGGUGAUCGUGGCCAUAGGGGUGUUGGCCACCAUCUUCCUGGCCUCCUUUGUUGCUCUGGUGGUGGUGUGCCGACAUCGUUACUGCCACCCUCAUGACCUGCUGCACCACUUCGACUCCAAACCCACAGUGGAUCUGAUCGGGGCCAUGGAAACGCAGAGCGAGCCUUCGGAGCUGGAGCUGGACGACGUGGUUAUCACCAACCCUCACAUCGAAGCCAUCCUGGAGAAUGAGGACUGGAUAGAGGACGCAUCCGGCCUGGUGUCACACUGCAUCUCUAUUCUGAAGAUCUGCCAUACUUUGACUGAAAAACUGGUGGCCAUGACAAUGGGAUCAGGGGCAAAGGUCAAAGCACCCGCCAGUUUGAGUGACAUCAUCACAGUGGCCAAACGAAUCAGUCCAAGGGUGGACGAUGUGGUCAGGUCUAUGUAUCCUCCUCUGGAUCCAAUCCUCCUGGAUGCCAGAGCCACUGCUCUGCUGCUUUCAGUCAGCCACCUGGUGCUGGUCACCCGCAACGCCUGUCACAUGUCCGGCAGCCUGGACUGGAUCGACCAGUCGCUUCACGCGGCGGAGGAUCACAUGGUGGUUCUGCGUGAAGCGGCGCUGGCGUCUGAACCAGAGCGAAUCCUGCCUGGAGCUGAUGCUCAGAGAGAACAGGCCAUUUGAGGAAAAAACCUGGAGCAGCAUAAAAUCUACCGUUAAAAAUACAAACCGUGAAAAAACAGUUGCAUUCCAACACUGACCUGGUGAUACGUACUAAAAUAGACAUUUCAGUUUCACAUCCAUGGCUCUCCAGUGAACAGAAUGUUUUUAGAAACAUUUUCUGAAACCCACCAUCCAGUAGUGGGUCUAAAUCCAGUCUAACCAGCACUGCAGUCACAAGGAGGCUUAGUCAGCUAAUCCAUCCGGACGAAAAUAACAUCCAUUAGCCAGUGAACCUGAAGGCGCUCCAAUUCAGUGUAAAAAAAGUUAGAGAACCUUGGCUUGAUCAGUAUGUGUGGGGUCAAGUUAACUUUGGGAUUUGGUGAGAAAAAAAAGGAAUGCAUUCUUCGAAUACUCUGAUAUAAAUGGAGUAAGUAAAAUACAGUUCUUUCUCUGGAAUUUUUUAUUAGUUUUUCCCCUUCACUUGUGACACACUUGACAUGUUGCAGCUCUUUUCAAUGGAGGACCAAUUCAGCUCAAUAUUGGAAAUCCUGCCAGCGUAACAAAAAAGCUCAACCUCUAAGGUCCUGCGUUGGAUACACACCAUAGUUUCUGCAUGUGAAAGUUUGUAUUUUCAAGCAUAUUUCACUUCCAGUUUCAUUUAUGACAAAUUGCUGCCAUCUUGGUCUUGAUGCCAAAACCAAUCCGAUGUGUUUUGAGCUGUAUUGGAUGCACAGCUCCCAAAAAAGUUACACUUUCAUCUCAUCAGUCAACAGAUUUUUCCUAAAGUCUUAUCAAGCCUGUAAAAGACAAAAACCUUUGAAAAAUUUGAAGGAAAAUUGGAGAGAAGGCUUUGUAUCAUUUUUCAUCAGGGGAGGAGUGAUUUUGGUUGAUGGAGUGAUUUUGGUUGGCCGGUCACUCCUGGGAAGGUUCACCUUUGUUUUGUGUUUUCUCCAUUUGCAUUUUCCUGAAGCCCCAAAAGCCUUAGAAACGUCUUUGUAAUCUAGACUGAAUACCUUUUCCCCCCAUCUGUUCCUGAGUUUAUUUCAAUUUAAACAUGAUGUGCAGCUUUCUGAAAGCUACUCAAAUGAAUGAAACCAUCAUUUGAAAACUUGCUUUUUCUAUUUACUUGUUAACUGGUAUUAAGAUACAAAAGAUUUUAAGGGCAUGUUUUUACAGCGAUGUGUUGGUGUGCCAUUUUUUGUUGAUUGAAACAGAAUUAGCUUUUGUCUCUUUGGGCCGGCGGGAUGUUAUUGGAGCAUGUCUACCUGCUCCUUCAUGCAUAGAUAAUAGUGAAUCCCCAAGGAGCUGUAAUAAGGCAUUACCCACGGACUAUGUGAACACACUGGCCUCGGUUACAGUCCAUGUCGCUUUGUACGCAAAGUCCUGGCAUGAAAAUAACAGUUGAAUGACAAUCAGAAAUUGUGGGAAUAGAGGAGGUGUUUUCUGCUAGAUUUAUAAAAGAAAAGCGAGAACUCAAAACACACAGAUGUUUUUUUGUAAUGAAAGAAGACUUAGAAAUUUCUUAUUUUCUUUUUUUGUUUCCAUGUUUAUAAGCAUUGACAUGCACUGAUUCAUUUUAAAAUAUAUGCUUUGUUUUUCCCAUUUUCAUUUGAUGUUUCUUGCUUAUUGCCAUUGAUUUUUAUUUUUCAUUAACUUGCACAGAAACAAAAUGUCCUAUAGGAACCAUGUGGUUACUUUACAAAAAUCGUUUUCCAGUUAAAAGUUCACACACUCAUUAUUUUGACAUAAAUAAAGUGAUUUGUCUUCCUCUGUUUA